CUGAUACUCUCAACAUGCCCCGAGGAUGCAUCGAUGCUGAGCCCGCAGAGUGGCGACAUUGGUACAGUUUCAACGUUGAGAUGUCAUCAAUUCCUCUCUGAGUUAAACAUGUUGAAUGUUAUAAUCAUUAUAGCAUUGCUGCUGUAUACUAGGUUUAUUCUCGAUAUUUCUUUUCAUUACUUAUCCAAACUUUUGAUCAGCUCACCUGGCAGGUUCAUACUAUCCACUAACAGUACUCGAUAUAUGUAGUUUCGCAUAAAGGAAAUGACUAGGCACUAGAAACUUGACGGCGAUAUCAGUCAAGAAAGGAGAAGCAAGCAAAACAUACAUCGUGGUUAUUAGUAUCGCAAAUUGAAG